AUGGUAGUUUCUGAACUAUUCUACUCUAAAUCAGCUAAGCCAAACGGGCUCUAUGUUCCGCCGUCACCGGAACACUCCGUUACCGGUGUUUCCUCCAAAGACCUCACCAUUUCAUCAAACCUCAAAGCCAGAAUUUAUCACCCAAAGCUCUCAAUUACCACUGCUAUUAAUCAGAAGCUCCCAAUCUUAGUGUAUUAUCACGGCGGCGGCUUUUGUGUUGGGUCCACUUUCUCUUUCCUCUCCCAGCGUUACCUUAACCUCUUAGUUUCUGAAGCUAACAUUAUUACCGUGUCUGCAGAGUACAGUCUUGCUCCAGAGCAUCCUUUGCAUGUAAUUUACGAUGAUUCCUGGACAGCUCUUCAAUGGGUCACUGCUCAUGUUCUUGAAAACCCAGGACUUAAAAAAGAACCAUGGUUAAUUGACCACGCAGAUUUCAGGAAAAUCUUCGUCGGCGGCGACAGUGCCGGCGGCAACAUAGCUCAUAACGUGAUUCUUAGAGCUGGUGUAGAGGGGUUAAAUGGUGGUGUUAAGAUCUUGGGUGGGAUUCUUUCUUUUCCUUAUUUUCAAAGAAAACAGGGGAGAUAGUUUGUUAAGUAAGAUUUGGGUGUUUGUAAAUCCAUCUGCUGAGGCCUGAGAAUGGAAUUGACGAUCCAAAAAUCUUAGAAAUAGUGUAUAUCCUGAUAGCACUAAUUAGUACAUGUAUUUUAGUCCACGGUAGGAC